AUGAAAAAACGUACCGUACCGUACCGUACCGUACCCAAAAAUGAAAAAAAACGUACCGUACCGUACCGUACCCAAAAAAUGAAAAAAACGUACCGUACCGUACCGUACCCAAAAAUGAAAAAAAACGUACCGUACCGUACCGUACCCAAAAAACGAAAAAACGUACCGUACCGUUACGUAGCGUACCCAAAAAACGAAAAAGUGUACCGUACCGUACCGUACCCAAAAAAUGAAAAAACGUACCGUACCGUACCCAAAAAUGAAAAAAAACGUACCGUACCGUACCGUACCCAAAAAAUGAAAAAAACGUACCGUACCGUACCGUACCCAAAAAUGAAAAAAAACGUACCGUACCGUACCGUACCCAAAAAACGAAAAAACGUACCGUACCGUUACGUAGCGUACCCAAAAAACGAAAAAGUGUAUCGUAUCGUACCGUACCGUACCCAAAAAACGAAAAAACGUACCGUACCGUUACGUAGCGUACCCAAAAAACGAAAAAGUGUAUCGUAUCGUACUGUACCGUACCCCAAAAAAUGA